AAACUUCGUCGCUUGUGUUGCAUUUGCUUGGUUUCAAUUUCAGUUUCCAUUGUUUCAAUCAAUACGUUACCAAAGAAGAAACUCUGAGCACACUUCAGCAUGAGCAGCAACCAGCAGCCAGUCUCGAUGCCGCCGCCCGUCGCGCGCCCUGGUCCUGGCGCUGGUGCCUCAGCCUCCAUCUCGGCCGUUGCAAAAGGAGUGGCCACAAGUCGUCCUCUGCCGCACUCGCGGACUACUGCUGCUGGUGCUGGUGCUGCUGGUGCUGCUGGUGGCCGCGGCGCGAGCUCACCUGCGAGCCUCCCGCCAGCGCCGCCGCUCAACACGAGCGUCCCAGCCGGGUUUGCUGUGCCGACCACGCGGCUCACAUCGCAAGAGCACAUCGCCGUCUGGCGCGAGUCGGAAGCCUACGCCAAGAUGUUUGGCUUUGUCAACCACGUCAACGAGGCGGUUGUCGGCGUUGCCGUCUCAGAAGUCCAGGUCGAGCACGAAGCAGCCUCAUCCGCUGUCGCCAAGCUACUCGCGCUCUUGGAGAAGCUGAACACAUGGAUUGACGAAAUCCCGCCCAUCCAGCAGCCCAUGCGAUUUGGCAACAAGGCCUUCCGGACGUGGAUGGCGCGUUUGGAAGAGAACGCCGUGAGCUUGACUGAGGACUUGCUGCCGGAAGCACUGCGCGGCGCAGCCAUUGAGCUGGCUCCAUAUUUGAUUGGCUCGUGUGGCAACAAAACCCGCCUCGAUUACGGCACUGGACAUGAGCUCGCGUUUCUUGCCUACCUGUGCUGCCUCACUGUCAUUGGUGUCCUAACGGAUGCCGAUCGCAAAGCGGUUGCACUGCGGGUGGUUGAGCGCUAUCUCGUGCUCAUGCGACGCUUGCAACGCACGUACAUGUUGGAGCCGGCUGGUAGCCACGGAGUCUGGGGCCUGGAUGACCACCAGUUCAUUCCAUACAUUUGGGGUUCGUCGCAGCUGAUAGGGCAUCCAGAGCUGGAACCCGCAGCCAUUACAGACAAGGGCUUGGUUGCAGCCAAUGCGAGCGACUAUCUUUUCCUCGCAGCCAUCCAGUAUAUUAAUGAUAUCAAAUCCGGACCAUUCCAUGAGCACUCGCCCAUGCUGUACAAUCUCAGUGGCGUCAAAACCUGGGAAAAGGCAAACACGGGCUUGCUCAAAAUGUUCAAGGCAGAAGUGCUCGAAAAGUUUCCAGUCAUCCAGCACUUUAUGUUUGGCAGCAUUUUGCCUUUGCGACCAAUGUAAUUUUGGUGACUCGACUGUAGAAGUGUCAUAGUAAUCAAGAGGACUCCUCUGUUGGAAUAGUGUAGAAACGAGCGUUUUUGGAUAAACCUAAAAUUACAUGACAA